CCAUCCCAGUGUCGCGAGACUCUGGUGUUGCUGCGUGCUGCAAUGGGGGCUUCGAAGUUGGACUUGAAUACGCGCAUAAAGCUGGCUCGGAGUUUUCAGAAACUUGACGAACCUUGAUAUCACUACUACCUGAUGUUUUCUUCUUCCCGCCAUUGAACCGGAAUUAUCCGUAUCUGACAGAGGUAUCGAGAGGGAAUUGGUUACGAGUUGUCAAUGGUCGAAAAAGCCCAGUGUCAGCUGGAAGGGCACGCGAUGUCCAAGAAAUUGUCUCAGGUAACCCGGGAGGAUACUGAGAAAUCUAUCAUAGCCCAUGGAACUCCUCAAACCUUUGUCACAUCAAUUCGUGUCCGGACCUGCACCUGUCGGCGUUCAAAAUUCUGAAGCAUGCAGACUUGGGAGAUCCCUCCAGGUGCUCCCGCCCUAUGGCCAACCCCUGAAUCUCAGGGGCUAGUUCAUGCUUAGUCAUCCGCCACUCAAGAUGCCAAAAUGGCAUUCCAAUUCCACUGCCACCAAAGGACAGCAUCGCAGUAAAGCUUCAACCCCAACGUGCAGCCAACUUGACCACGCUCCUUUCCACCACGCCCCCGUUCAGCACUAUCACGAUCUUUUCACUUCUCGAUUCUCUUCUUCCCGAUCUUGAUUCCGGGCCCAACCCAAAAUGGCGGCCAACAAGUACUCCGUCAUCCUGCCGACCUACAAUGAGCGUCGCAACCUCCCUAUCGUCACCUGGCUGCUGAAUCGCACGUUCACCGAGAACAAGCUCGACUGGGAACUCAUCAUCGUCGACGAUGGCUCCCCCGACGGCACGCAAGAGGUCGCCAACCAGCUCGUUAAGGCCUACGCCCCGCACGUCACCCUCAAGACACGCACCGGCAAGCUGGGCCUUGGCACUGCCUACGUUCACGGCCUACAGUUCGUCACGGGCAACUUCGUCAUCAUCAUGGACGCCGACUUCUCCCACCACCCGAAGUUCAUCCCCCAGAUGGUCGCCCGCCAGAAGGAGGCCAACUACGACAUCGUCACGGGCACCCGCUACGCCGGCAACGGCGGUGUUUACGGCUGGGAUCUCAAGCGCAAGUUCGUCUCCCGCGGCGCCAACCUCUUCGCCGAUACUGUCCUGCGCCCUGGCGUCAGCGACCUGACGGGCUCCUUUCGCCUCUACAAGAAGAGCGUCCUCGACAAGGUCAUCUCGAGCACCGAAAGCAAGGGCUACACCUUCCAGAUGGAGAUGAUGGUCCGCGCCAAGGCCAUGGGCUGCUCCGUAGCCGAGGUGCCCAUCACCUUUGUCGACCGCGUCUACGGUGACAGCAAGCUGGGCGGCGACGAGAUUGUAGAGUACGCCAAGGGAGUACUGUCGCUGUGGUUGAAGGUUUAAGGAAGGGAGGGAGUAUGAGGGUGUGCAAAAAAGGGGGCGAUUUGGAGUGAUACGAUACCGAGGGAUCUUUUACUGUUUGUUACAGGAAACAAUUGGCAUGAAACGGGCGUUGGGGGGAAAACGGGAAUUCAAGUACCGAUACCUAAUUAAUGGCAAGUCGCAUGGAAGAAGAAGAAAACACGUUCAGCUCAGUGAUGUUAGGCCGCUUGACGUCCCCCCCGCCCCGAUCUAUCGUUCGCUUCGGCAACCUUGCCCUGCUCGCUCCUUCCUCGCGUACGAGGACACCUUAAAUACCCAAACAAGCUCACUGGUUUCCAACAACAGUCCGUGACGCAGCGGGAUUAUUAGACGCUUCUUUGAUUGAACGUCCCGGCGCACGGGUGCGUGGGUUCAAGUCCCACCGCCGUUAGCAAAAUCCUAGCAUCGUUACACCUGAGGCUGGUAAGAGCUUCCUAGGAUUUUCAUAAACUCCGCUGUCCGCAAGGAUAAGAUUUGAACUUUUUGGGGGCUACGCUUCUCCCAGGUUAUAUAAUCUUUGGUUUCCAUUACCCCUUC